AUGCCAUUGGCGGUAGCAUCGCUUUCAUUUACGGGUCAUUGUCGGUCGUCGCCUUCCUAUUUGUGUUUUUCUUCGUGCCUGAGCUGCGACAGCGAAGCCUGGAGCAGAUUGACGAGAUGUUCAACGAGCAAUUGCCAACUCGGAGCUUUGCAUCAUACCAUAUGUCUUGAAUAUUUCACCCACAACAACGGUCGCACCAUGGAGUUAAGUGCCUCUGAUACAGAAGCCAACAGCAUGGCUACCUCUCAGGGAAAGCGUGAAGAGGAGCUACCGGACUGGGCCGCCGAUCCAUCCAACGCCCAAAACUGGAGUUUGGUCAAAAAGCUAUACAACACAUCCAUUCCAUCCCUCCUUUGUCUGCUUAUAUCCUUUGGCCUGGCCAUCUAUUCGCCAUCUCAUGCCCAUGUGCAAGAGGACUUUCACAUCAGUAACACCCUUUCCCUCCUCCCAUUCACCUUAUAUGUGUAUGGUCUGGCUUUUGGCCCUAUGAUCUCCGCUCCUUUGAGUGAGACCUUUGGGCGCCGCUUCGUCUAUAUUAUCAUGACACCACUGGCUCUGCUAUUCAUUAUGGGUGCUGGUUUUGCCCGAAAUUUCGCUACCCUUGCCGUGUGUCGCUUGUUGGGCGGCAUCCUGUGCUCUGCACCUCUCGCCGUGGGCGCUGGAACCAUGAUGGAUGUCUGGUCGGGCCCAAAUACCAACCGCGGGGUGGUUGUGCUGAUGGGAAUCGCGUUUUUGGGGCCCGCUCUCGGAUCCCUCGUGGGUGGAUGGAUCGCCGAAUACAAGGAUUUCCGGUGGUCUCAAUGGACAACUUUGUUCCUCGGAGCGGCACUAUGGGUCUAUUCGAUGGGUGCCCAGGAGACGUACGCGAUCCCUAUCCGCCGCCGCCUAGCGAAAAAGGCCGGACUGACUCCUCCACCAAAACCGAUCCCUGAUGGUCUAGCGGGAAUCAAGAUUCUCAUGACAGUGACGCUGGCACGACCUCUCUACAUGCUGAUCACCGAACCCAUCGUCACCCUCUGCUCACUAUACUCCUCCCUGAACUUCUCCGUGUUGUUUUGUUUCCUGGCCUCCGUCCCGCUGAUAUACAGCACUAAUUACGGCUUCUCGCCGGGUCAGUCAGGACUGGCUUUCAUUGGUAUCGCGGUCGGUUGCAUCAUCGGGGCUACGGCGUUGAUCAUCAUCGACGCAUACACGUUGUCUAAGCACCGUGCGCUGCGGCCGGGGGAGCCAGCACCUCCAGAAAGAAUGCUUGUGGCCGCGAUGCUGGGAAGUCCCCUGAUGCCUGCGGCAUUAUUUUGGUUUGCCUGGACCUCGCAGCCGGGGAUACAUUGGAUAAGUAGUAUCAUCGCCAUGGGGCUCUUUGGUUGUUCCAACAUCAUGAUAUUUGUCUCGACGAUGUUGUACCUCACCAAUGUCUACGGAGCCAAGUCUGGGGCCUCAGCUCUGGCAGCGAACGGCCUGCUGCGGUAUGGUGUGGGCGGCUCUUUUCCUUUAUUUACGAUCCCUAUGUACAACAAUCUUGGUUUCACCUGGGCAUCCAGCCUGCUCGGCUUCCUCGCCAUCGCCUUUGCUCCUCUGCCUUGGAUCUUUUAUAGAUUUGGAAAAAAGAUCCGUCAAUCCAGCUCUUACACAGCGUGA